AAUGAAUUUGGAAGUGCAAGGAAAGGCUGAAUUCCAAAAGGAUAGCAUAAAGUUGUUGGAAAACCUGAAGAUGUGCAACCAGGAGAAUUUGCCUUUCUUUUUGUAAAAAAAAUAAUUGAAUCAAAUUUUAUUAUAUCUUUAAUUAUUAUAGAAGGCACAUGCAGAAGUAGAAAUAGACAAGGUGGAAUAUGAUGUGGGAUUUGCUCAACCGAGCGUAGAAUUACCCUUCAAGUUUGCUAUCUAUGGGAAAUUGCAAAGAUUUGCUGAACAAUAUUUGGAUGAUGGGAUUGAGUUGGCAAUCAAGGGGCCUGGUUUGAGCGUGGAGAUUAAUUUCAAUUACAAAGGGAGCAUCUUCUAAUUGAUUGACAAUGUUUUAAUUAUUAAACAAUGA